CUGUUUAGGCGCCUCUCUUAGAGUUCAAGGCCUCCAGUUCUCCUCCCCCGACUCCCGCUGUUGCAUCUUUAUGGUUCCGGUCCCACCUUCCCUUGGGGCCGGAAGUGGCGCAGCGGCGAAGGUUGAGCGAGUCGACGGACUUAGAGAGGCUGCGGUCUUUUCUGUGAGGGCCAGGGGGCAAAAUGCCAUCGGCUAAACAGCUAGCUGACUUUGGCUACAAGGCCUUCUCUGCCUCCAUGAUGUUGCUCACCGUGUAUGGAGGCUUCCUGUGUAGUGCCCGGGCCUAUCGCUACUUUCAGCAUCGUGGUGUCCUACGUCAGGCAGCUGAAGAACAAAAGACUCCAAACGUCCUACGGGACUGAAGAGAUCGUUUUAUCGCAGAAUACAGAGGCCUGAGGCCUGCUGUAGAACACCUGAAAUUGUUUGCAUGCCCUCGCCUGAGAAUCUCCCUGGCUUCCAGCCUUGGUCAAAGGAAUGUACUGAUGUGCUCCCUGCCGAGUUCUGAUUGAUGAUGGAUCACAAUGGAGGGGUGACAGUGAAGGACAUAUAAAGACAUUAAAUAUGGUUUGCCAUUUCAA